AUGAAAGAAACAGAGAAAGCAGACAAGCAGAGAAACAGAAGACAGACACAAGACCGCCUGUCCUCCGGGUCAGGCUUGCUUCUGUUUCUUUUGUGUUUUAUCGCGCUAAUUCACCACCAACUCAGGAUACAAGAAAAUCAUCGUCUGAUAUUAGACUCGUCAGAGUUAUUUAACAAGCUGGAGACAGAAAUCUUCCGAAAAAUUCAGCAAAAUGAUAUGAGAUGGCGCAAUAAAGAGGAGGAACCGGGGAGUACAUGGCGAACGACUCAAGGUAACUUGGUAUUCUUUUAUUUCAUUACUGGAUGGUGCAUGUUUUGAUAACUUUAUCAAUGUAUAAAAAGGUCGUUGAAAAGAUCAACAGCUUUUUUAUCACAAAGUGCGACAAUUGUUAAUACAAAGUGCGACGGGUGUUUCAAAGUGGGACCAAGGCAUUAUAAAUUGUUGAUGCGACACAACAGCAGUUAAUACUGAUGCAGUGUAUCUAUGUGUUCCGAGAAAAAAAAACUGCGAGGCUCCUUGGAGAAUGUUUCAAAAAAUUAAAUUUAGAAAACUCGACUUUAUUGCUUUAUUAUUAUUGUUAUCAAUGUUAUUUGAUUUUUGAGUUCUAUAAACUUAAGUAUCGAGACUACAUAUUUCAGACUGGGAUAAUUGACCUUAACCUAUCAUCAGGAGUAAUUCUGUUUGAUAAUUGGCGAAGCAAGCACGGCCGACUUUUAAAAAAUUGAAGUCUUCUAUUUUUUAGAUGGAAAGGAAGCUAACCCAAAACGACCAAAACGCUCUUCACCUGAUGAAUCACAGCAAAAUUCAACCAUAACAUCUUCUGAUGUACAAAUGCUGGUCAAACAAGAACUACGUCUGCUGCAAAACCAAGUCUGUGCUAAAGAUUACACUUUUUGUCGCCCCGGACCUAAGGGAAGCCAAGGGAGGCGGGGUAAACAGGGUAGACAAGGAACCCGUGGGAAACGGGGCUCCCCAGGGAAACCUGGCCCAUAUGGACCCCCUGGCAAUCGUGGGCCAGUAGGAGCUCAAGGACCGAAAGGAAUGAAGGGGGACAUCGGGAAACCGGGAGACCCCGGACCCCAGGGACCGUCAGGUCCGUCCGGUGUGAAAGGUGCCAAAGGUGAGCCAGGCCAGUCGCUUUCAGCGCCAUCUCUAUCAGAGCGUCCUGUCGGAAUAACAGUCAACGAAACUCAGACGGCCACGUUGAAAUGUACGGUUAAUGGUGACCCAAAGCCAGCAGUCACGUGGUACAAGAUGAAUUCGUCCCUUCCAGCUGGACGUCACCUGUUAGAGACCAGCGGCGCUCUAGUAGUGAAAAACGUGAAAGCUGAGGACGAUGGACUUUACACCUGCAAAGCGCAAAAUCUGCUGGGACAAGUGAACGCCUCAGCGAAACUGACCGUUCAAAGUAAGCUAUUUUGCUCUAUUCAGUGGCGGAUCUAGGGCCCCCCCUUAUUUUGGGUAAAAAAAAAGAAGAAUAACAAAAGCGCCGAUAAGGCAGGUGACGCAAAAUAAAUAAAAUAAAUUAGAAAAAGGAAAUAUCAAUUGAAAAAUUUUUUGUUAUAUCAUUUACAGUCGCUCCUGAGAUCAUUUUGUCAUCUAACGAAGAGUUGGCUGAGGAAGAACAAAAUGUCACCAUCGGCUGCGGUGCUACUGGUCAGCCUCAGCCUAGAAUCACGUGGUCAAAGGCGUUUGGAACCUUGCCAAUGGAUAGAGCUGAAGUCAUUGAAGGAACACUAACAAUUUAUAGCGUGACAAAGAAGGACAGAGGAACAUACAUCUGUAGGGCGGAGAAUAUUCUUGGAUCAGCAACAGGCACAUUUCACCUCAUGGUAUUUUCUCGUUUGAGGUUUAAAGUUCGACCCCCAAAAAAAAUGACUCCUAUGGCUGGCUCAACUGUUCACCUACCGUGUGUGGUCGAGAGUGACUUGAAAACUACAAUCACUUGGACAAAGCAUGGCAGUUCGUCCUUACCUGCAGGGUCCAAUGUUCUACAGAAUGGAACACUGGUAAUAAACAGCAUCAAGAAAUCACACGAAGGAUCUUACACUUGUAGAGCAGCUAAUGCUCUGACAACAGUUGAAACCAAAGUAAAAGUUAACAAUCCACGGAACAUGACUUCUUGUUCGGUAAUACGAAAAUACGUCAGUACUACAAGUGGAAAUUACGUCAUUGAUCCCGAUGGCGAGGGUCCUCUUGCACCGUUUACAGUUUACUGUGAUAUGAAUGACAAGAGUGGAGUUGGCGUGACAGUCAUCAGUCACGACAGCGAAAGUAGAACACAUGUGAAGGGAUAUGAGAGCCCGGGCAGUUACUCACGUGAUAUUCAUUACACCGGAGCGAGUCUUUCUCAGCUGGCGAGUCUCACCAGAGUCUCGUCACACUGCGAACAGUUUAUCAGUUAUGAGUGCCGUUAUUCACAGUUCUUCAGAGGUAGUAUUGGAUGGUGGGUGUCACGGGAUUCGAUCAAAAUGAAUUACUGGGGAGGAGCGUCACCCGGCAGUGGUAAGUGCGCAUGCGGGAUGACCAGCUCAUGCCCAUACCCUGCUCAUCCGUGUAAUUGUGACAGAGAAGACGGCGUACUGCGUGAGGAUAGCGGUCUCCUUACUGACAAGACACAUCUUCCGGUUAAACAGCUGAGGUUUGGUGAUACAGGCGAUGCUCACGAGGAAGGAUAUCAUACGCUCGGAAAACUUAAGUGUUAUGGCAUACAGUAA